UAAAACUGAAACAACAAGAUAAAAUAAAUAGAAAUAGAGGAGUUCCCAAUCAGGCUUAGCGCCAACUCUGAUAAAGAGCUUUCGUGAAGCCGAAAACGCGACAGAAAAAAAGGAAGAAGCAGAAGAAGCGAAGAAGAAGCAGGGAAAAAAAAGGACGACAGACAGAGAAAAAGAGAAGCCGGAAGAGCGAAGAAGACCCUGCAGAAGAGACGGCAGCUUCAAGUCCAGCGGAAGACGUGGUAAUUGGCUGGUUGGUUGACCUUCGUGGCUUCUCGGUGAAGCUCGUUAGACCGGCAGCAACGCAACGCGCGACCCAGUCAAGAUGGAGAGCUUCGAAAACAUAUACCUUGACCUGUCGAAGCAGUCCGGGAAAUGCAAGCUCGCGGAGAGCGGCAUGGGCUGGAAGCCAUCCGGCGGCGGCGACACCUUCACCCUCGACAAGAGCAAUAUUGGUGCUGCUGAAUGGAGCAGAGCGGCAAAAGGAUACGAGCUCAAGAUAAUCUCACGUACCUGUGGAGUUAUCCAGCUCGACGGGUUCGAACAGGACGACUUCGACAGAGCCAGCAAAGCGUUCAAGAUAUGGUACGGCGUCAACCUCACGAACAGAGAACAUGCCCUGAGAGGCUGGAACUGGGGCAAGGCCGAGUUCGGUAAAGCAGAGCUCAGCUUCAACGUCCAGAACCGUCCUGCCUUCGAAGUCCCUUACUCGGAAAUAUCAAACACAAACCUCGCGGGCAGGAAUGAAGUCGCUGUUGAAUUUUUCCUGCCCACAGACGAUGCAUCUACCGCCAAGGAACAGCCUGCGGGCAGCACGAAGAACAGAGGACGCAAGGCCGGCUUGGGCAGAGACGAGCUUGUCGAGAUGAGAUUCUACAUUCCAGGAACAGUCACCAAGAAGGAAGAAGGUGACGAGCAAGGUGAAGGCGAAGAAAACAAGAGUGCCGACGGCGAGGAGGAGGUUGAAGAGCAGAAUGCUGCCAACCUGUUCUAUGAGACGCUCAUGGACAAGGCAGAGAUUGGUGAUGUUGCUGGCGACACUUUUGCUACCUUCCUUGAUGUCCUACAUCUUACUCCCAGAGGUCGGUUUGAUAUGGAUAUGUACGAAAGCUCAUUCCGACUCAGGGGUAAGACGUACGACUACAAGAUCCAAUAUCAGUCCAUCAAGAAGUUCUUCCUCCUUCCAAAGAACGAUGACACUCACACACUUAUUACACUCGGUUUGGACCCGCCUCUCCGACAGGGCCAGACAAGAUACCCGUUCUUGGUCAUGCAGUUGAAGCUAGACGAUGAAAUCAGCAUUGAUUUAAAUAUGACCGAUGAGCUCCUUCAAACCCGAUACAAGGAUAAGCUUGAAGCUCACUAUGAGGAACCCAUCCACCAAGUCGUCACAAAGGUCUUCCGAGGUCUCUCAGGAAAGAAGGUCAUCAUGCCAUCCAGAGACUUUGCCAGCCAUCACGGCCAUAGCGGUGUGAAGUGUUCAACCAAGGCCAACGAGGGCCUUCUAUUCUGUCUUGACAAGAGCUUCAUGUUCGUCCCCAAGCCAGCCACAUACAUUCAAAUAGAAAACAUAUCAGUCAUCACCAUGUCCCGAGUCGGUGGUACAGUCUCAGCCAGCCGAACUUUCGACAUCACCAUGACUCUCAAGGGAGGACAAGGCGAACAUCAAUUUAGUAAUAUCAACCGGUAUGACGUCCCCUAUAUUCUCCGAUAUACAUUACAUCGACUCAUGUGCUGACAUAUUCCGUUCACAGUGAGGAACAGCAGCCACUAGAAGACUUCUUCAAAGCCAAGAACAUCCGGUUUAAGAACGAGAUGGUCGAAGAGGUACGUAGCAUCUGUUCCACUUACUCCUUUUUUACAUGCUACCGAUCAGAUACUAACAUCCCACCACAUAGGCAUCCACUCUUAUUGCUACUGCCCUUGAGAACGACCAGAUGAUGGACUCGAGUGAUGACGACGCUGGUGUCCAGGAGGACCGUGGCUCUGCAGCUGAAGACUCAGAGUCUCCUGACGAAGACUUCGUUGGAGACUCUGACUCCGAAGUGGCUGAAGAAUUCGACUCUGAACACGCGAGCAGCAGUGGAGAUAGUGACGCUGAGAUGGAUGAUAUUGAAGAAGAGCGGCCGAAAAAGAAGACCAAGGUUCAGAAAUAAGGCUCAUCUAGGCAUCUAGAACGAUUGAACCAAGCUACUCCCUAUUUCUUUGCCACAGUUUUCAGCACUGCUCUGCUCUUACGGAGCUUGCGCUGCCAAUGUACCACUAUGUUGUGCGUCUUCUAUUUGUCAAGCUGUUGUCCAAGGUGUACAUACACCAACUCACCUUGGGGCUCGGCUAUCGACGUGUGGAGCACACUGUCUUUUUCCUAUAGCCUUUUCUCCCUCCCGAUGUACACUCUUU